GGUUCAUUUACAUGUUGUGCGUUUGCGUGUGUAGUAAAUUGCAUUACACCACAUGUUAUAUGUGCAGUUGGUUAUCAAGAAGUAAAAACGUCGCUGCUCGUUGACAGUGCUUGUACCGGAGACUGCAAUGGCGAAAAGUGUUCUCGUUACAUAUUUGCUGUGGUUGACGGGAGGGUGGUUUGGACUGCACCACCUCUACCUCGGUCGCGAAAGACAUGCCUUUGUGUGGUGGAUGACACUUGGCGGUUACUUUGGACUCGGAUGGUUAAGAGACUUGUGGAGGAUACCCUCUUAUGUGAAAUAUGCUAACUGUGAGGCUGAAUUUAUGCAGCAGCUGAAAGAAACUAUACGAUUGCACCGCAAGCCGCCUUCCACUACAGUGCGAUCAGUAGGUCAAGUGAUAGUUGCUGAUGCACUCGGAUACGUGGUUCUGUAUGCUCUACCGCUUGAGUACAUACCAGAGAACAUACUCCCUGUGGUUGCCUUUCCAGUUCCCUUGGCAGUUGCCAUAGGUGUUCACCUUGUAGGAAACAUUGGAGAACAUCAGGGAGUUUUCAAGUGGCCUCUUAUUGGUGCCUACCUGACGUACCCAUUGUACUUCUGGAGCACACACAGCGUCUUCAUGACCAGCCUCGUAUCAAUUUACUUCUUUCGCACGUACUCUCAUGCUUGGCGGCUACAGCCUGCAGUGCGCAGGCACCCAUGCCGCAGAGUGUCAACAUUUGCAGCGUGCUGUCUCCUCUAUGCACUUCUUUGGACAUCGUGGUUGUAUUUCAAUUGCAGUCUAACUGACAAUGACGACACGCAAGUCAAAUGUCGGGACUCUUUGCGACAUUUCUUCGGUAGUCCAAUGUGGCAAGAUUUCAAGACAGUCGUCUCGGGCCUUUACAAUCAAGUGAAGCACAGAGGCUUUGGAGAAGUUUGGAAGCUAUUCAUGGAAGCUCUGGACCCACAAGGAGAGGCGAAUGCGCUCAAGGUGCUGAACGUGCCUGCAACUGCAAGCGAGGAAACUCUUCGAAUGGCAUACAGAAAACUCUCACGGCAAUGGCACCCUGAUCGUGUGAAGGACCCGGUCAAGAAACAAGAAGCGCAAGAGAAGUUUAUCGAAAUACAGAAAGCGUACGAGACGCUGUCAAGGUUAAAAGUAAGGCGUGUUAUGCAGAACAAGAAGGAAAGAGAGAAUCCUAAUAGUGAAAGAAGUGAGUUGUGAGCCACAUUGUUACUGGCAUUAGCUUAAAUGCCUAAGAAUUAGGUUGUGCUUGGUAGCAUGGACAUUUAAUUUGCAUCAGAGUGUGAAGUCUGUGGUAACCAAGUCCAUUGUAUUAGAGUAUUAAUUUCUUGUACUCCAGUGCAGCUUGGGGAAUCUACAACUCAUAGUUUGUGAUAUCAAAAGGAUUGAUUGAUGAAGAAAGGAAGCCAACGUGUGGCCUUUUGAAAGAUAUGCAUAUACGAGCACGUUGCUGGUGCAUAAUCUUAGUGUAUAUUUUGUGGAGUCACUGAAUCUCCCCUCUCUGCUUUAGAUUUUUUGGGUAUUAUGCAAAGGUUGUUUGUUUCAAUUUUUUUACUGGUCUUGUCACUCUGGGCAUUCCAUUCUAUGGCAUACCUUGUCUGUGCAAAAAUUUAUAUUGCAGGAUACGUCUAUUCCGAAAGAUAUGUAUAUACAGGGUGUCCCAGAAAACGUGUCAUUGAAUUAUAAUAAAAAAAACUAC